AUGUCACUAAAAGUACCAAAAGCUAACAACAUCCAACUCUUCAAGGAUGGCUACAAGCACCUCCAGGGCAUCGAAGAUGCCGUCCUUCGAAACAUAAAUGCAGUCUCAGAGCUAUCCGAUCUCGUACGGACAAGCUUUGGUCCAAAUGGCCGGAAUAAACUCAUAAUAAAUCACCUUGGCCGACUUUUCGUAACAUCCGAUGCCGCUACCAUCAUCAGGGAAAUCGAAGUUGUUCACCCAGCAGCUAAGCUCCUUGUCAUGGCCUCGCAAGCUCAAGAGUCCGAAAUGGGUGACUCUACUAACAUGGUCAUCAUUCUCGCAGGAGAACUACUCAAGAAAUCGGAGAAUCUACUCGUGAUGGGCCUCCAUCCCAGCGAGGUCAUCAAGGGAUACGAACUCGCAUGCGCCAAAGCCCUCGCGGAACUUGAAAAUCUAUCGACAUCUAGCCUACCGUCCCCUUUUACGCAGGAAUCCCUUAUUACAGCCCUCAAACCCGCGAUCGCUUCGAAACAAUACGGUUACGAGGACACAUUAUCGUCACUUGUGGCAGAAGCCGCGCUCGCAGUCAUGCCCAAAAACCCGAAGAAUUUCAACGUCGACAACGUCCGCGUCGUCAAGAUCAUGGGCGGCAGCCUUUCGGGCAGCAAAGUUGUACAAGGGAUGGUAUUUGGUCGCGAACCCGAAGGUAUCGUCAAAAAAGUUUCAGGCGCGAAAGUGGCCGUCUUUACAUGCGCCCUCGACGUCGCCCAAACCGAAACCAAAGGCACUGUCCUCCUCAAAAGCGCAGACGAAAUGCUCAAUUUCACGCGCGGCGAGGAACAACAACUCGAAAGGAUCUUCAAGGAAAUCGCUGAUUCAGGCAUAAAAGUUAUCAUUGCAGGCUCAUCCGUCGGCGACCUAGCCCUACACUACCUCAAUCGCUUCAACAUCGCCGUUCUCAAAGUCCUCUCCAAAUUUGACCUCCGCCGCGUAGCUCGCGUCGCCAACGCCACUCCUCUCGCCCGCGUCGGUGCACCCACCCCAGAAGAAGCCGGCUACGUCGACAUCUUCGAGACAACGGAGAUCGGUGGAGACCGCGUCACCGUCCUCCGUCAGCUCGCUCCCGGCGAGGACGGGUAUCAAGGAGACGCGGAGAAGACGCGUACAGCGACGAUCGUGCUUAGAGGGGCGACGGCCAAUCAUCUUGAUGACCUCGAGCGCGCUAUCGACGAUGGCGUCAAUGUCAUCAAAUCUCUAAUAAAGGACGCACGGUUGGUUCCUGGUGCUGGUGCAACGGAACUGGAGCUGGCCAAGCGUGUUGAGGUAUACGGGAGCGGGAUGAGGGGGCUGGCACAACAUGCUGUGAAGCGGUAUGCUACCGCACUCGAAGUCAUACCCAGAACGCUCGCUGAGAAUGCGCUGGGAGGUGCUGAGGGUAACGAGGUUCUCAGUCGGUUGUGGGCCAAGCACGAACAGAAGGGCGGCGAAGCCUGGGGUGUCGAUAUCGAGGCUGAACAAGAUGGCACUCUGCUAGCUACCGACUUCAAGAUUCUCGACCCACUAGCUGCAAAACAGUGGGCGAUCAAGCUCGCAACAGAAGCCGCCGUAUCCGUACUUAGCGUCGACAGCAUCAUCAUGAGCAAACCCGCAGGAGGACCCAAAGUCCCUCAACAAGCAAGUAACUGGGAUGAAGAUUAG